AUGGAUACCAUGCGCAUCCUCGACCAACACAUUGACCGGUCCCUGUUGACGCUUCCGCCUGCUGAAGCUGGCCAGUGUCAAUUCAUCUGGACCAAUGCGCCGCGCCCGCGACGGUCCAGGGAAGAGGAUGAACACACACUCGCAUCGCCCUCUACUACUGCUACAGAAUACAAGAAAAAUAGAAAGACCACGAUGCCGGCGACAGCAGAGAGCGACGCCGGCGGCUUGCUGGGAAUGCUGCAGCAGGCAUGCCGCCGCAGCGUCAGGGUUCCCCGCAAGCAGAUGCGGAAGAUCCUCACCAGGACGCAAGAUAACCGGCAGCAGCCGCACGGGCAAGGUCACGACGGCGUCAGGAGGUGGUCAGUGGCGACGCUCGUGGAGAGCGAGAGCUAUUAUGAGGAACGGACGAAGACGAAAGAGCAGUGA